UUGUCUUCCCCCUAAAACCUUCUAAAAGCAAACUUCAGGGGCCAAACUGAAAUCUCCUGUCUGUUAAACUUUACUCUGCCGUCUCCGCUCCACACAGCAGUGUGUCGUCUCUCACUUUGGACCCAUUCUGUCCUCACCAAUCUUCCUCCACUGGAAUCAGCACCUUUACCCUGCAAGGACAGUGGAGGAAACCAUGCCCUCUGACUUUCUAACCCCUUUUCUAGAACUGGAUGAGGAGUUCUUCAAGAAUUUCCGCAGCCUGGAGGCGACAGAUGGCUCGCCCACCGGCUCACAACCGCAACGGCAGCAGCACAGUCAAAGAGUCCUGGGCUUCCAGCGUCGCCAUUCUCUGUGCCCCGUGACCCUCCCCAACUCCAAGUUCAACAGCAGCAGCUCUGAGGGGACCGAUUCAGUCGGCUGGGGGCUCGACGUAGCCUCCAACCAGCAGUGGAACAGGGAGAGUCUGCUCCCCCGCUCCUCGCUCAGCCACAUCCCCUUCAGAGUCGAUCGCUCAGUCAGCAUGAUCGAGGGCAGCACCCUGGGAGGCAGAGAGGACAAAACAGCCAAUGUGUCCUCAAAACUGCUGCUCCCUCCACCAGGCUUCAGCAUCAGCAACACCUCUCUCUCCUCCAUCACCUCCCCGUCUGCCUCCAGACCCCCGGCUUCCUCUCCUCACAUCUCCACCCGGUACAAGACCGAACUCUGUCGCACCUACGAGGAAAGCGGCACCUGCAAGUACGGCGCCAAGUGCCAGUUCGCCCAUGGCAUGGAUGAGCUGAGGGGCCUCAGCCGGCACCCCAAGUACAAGACAGAGCCGUGCCGCACUUUCCACACAAUUGGCUUCUGCCCGUAUGGCGCCCGCUGCCACUUCAUCCACAAUGCAGACGAGCUCCUCACUGGCAAUGCCGGCGCACCUGCACAGAAACAGAAGAUGAGGCCUCCUCUGCUGCGUCACAGCCUCAGCUUUGCAGGCUUCUCCUCCUCUCCCCACACUUUCCAACCAGUUGAGGAGUCGCAGCCGUCCUCCCUCCUCUUCACCAGGGCCUCUUCUGUCUCCCCUCCUCCAUCCUCCACAGGGAGCCCUGAGCUCCUCUCCCCUCUCUUCCCUGAGCCAGGGGCCCUCAAGCAUUGUCCCUACCCCUUCUCUGGCAUCACCGACCUGCCGGGAGACAGCGGUGACUCAGCUCUGCGGUUCUAUGCUAUGACCGACUCUGUCUGCGCCAGGUGUCCACCCUCCAAAAAUCCAAACCUCCCUUACCAACUCCCCCAGCAGCUGCCAGUCUCGCUGAAUGGCCUCCAGCGCUGCUCCUCAGCUGACUCCCUCUCUGAGGAAGGCUACACCUCCUCCUGCUCCCUCAGCUCUUCCUCCAGCGGCACAGAGUCGCCGAGCUUCGAGGGCCGGCGCCUGCCCAUCUUCAGCAGGCUAUCUGUUACAGACGAGUAGGGAAGGGUUUUACUGUAGGGCUGAAUUUAAUCGGGAAAAGAAGUUCCAACUGUUGAACUCUAUGUGACGACAAUCCCAAAACUAAAAAGCAGCACAAUGUAGGGUGUAAAUAAAGCAGAAACUCUGUUAUUAAACAUUUUAAGCCUUUGAAACUUCAGCAAAUUGGCCAUGAUUUCUGUCAAAAACAUGGGAAGAAGGCAAUGAGCAAUGAAUGAGGAAAUGACCAAGAAAAAGCGCUUAAAAUUAGUACAAAGUAUUAGAAA